AUGUGUGGAGGCUACCUAUCUCGCCAAGUGGAGCCGGAGGAUUUGCAAGUGAAAAUAAAUACUCUUCUAGGGGAAAAGAAUCUCCCUUUGGUUAUCAGCGUCGCAUUUAUCAGUGAGAUCGUAGCUGAAUUUCCUCUUAACUUCCAGAUCAAUGAUUUUGAAAUCAUUGCCCAAACGACAUCUCGCCACUUUACUCGACAAAAUGGUGAUAUGAUGAGUUCACUUAUAUCUAGCGUAACUGCCUUUGCCUUCGCUGCUGCUAAGGUGGGAGUUGAGGAAGACCUCUCGUCUGAUGCCGCAGAUUUCCAAUCAAUAAUAAAUAAGUUUGAUCUAUUUAUGCGGCUCUUCAAUCGAUCGGAAUCGGAGAAUUCUGGGCUGGUUGACUAUGCUUCGGUCGCGAAAGGGGGUCGUCUUAUCGAUAACUUAACCUUACUUGUCUGUUAUGUUAUGAGUCUUCGAUAUAGUUUGGGAUGCAUGUUCAUUCCUCUCUCCUGUAUAAUUAAUAUUUAUUACUGUUAUAAGUUAGCAUUCGUCGACACUGGCAACCUUGCUGGUCUGGUGUGCUAG